AUGGUCAUUUCUGCAUCGAAUGUCAAUCACCUGAAACGAAGUCCAGUGCCCAUUGCGCUCACUGCCCGUCUGGAUACUUUACCCAAAAAACUAUAUCCGAGCAAGGCUCCCUUACCGCUCAACAGUGCGCAAAAUGCCCAGCUUAUAACAAAGUCUCAAGUUCGGGAGAUACUUGUAUACCGUGCUUACAAGGAAGCGACAGCUGUGAAUGCCAGGUUUCAUUAUCUUCUCAUGGUGUCUUAUUCAGUUAUCAUUAUUAAAUUUCAAAAGAUGCUCUUCUGACA